AGCGAGUCAAAAUGCGUGCGCAAUAAUGGUGGUGUGUGGACUUAACUAUAAAAUGUUAAUCUAGAAUUGGAUAGAUUGUAAUAAAAGUGACUACAUUAGUAACUGUGACAUAUUUGCGUAGAAAGUAUCAAGUGUAUUUUGAAAACUUUGAUUUGUAUACUAACGUACGAUAGCCACAACUUUUGUGAUCUGUUUUAGAUCACUAUUUUGUGCUAAAUACAAAACUAUGUGCUCAAUGGUGGAUUUCUAGUGCUAAAUUGUAAGCCGACAACUGAAAAUAAUUUGGGAUUAUUUGUGGAUGCGCCAGCCGCGUGAGCACCUUCGCGGGUCACCCGCAUAUCCGUGCCUGCCUCACUGAGGGUGCGGCUGAGCAGCCAUACUGUGCCGGUAACGCGCACCCUGGAGCCCUACAAGGGCCCGCUGGUGCGGAGGGCGCGGCGGCAGCAUGGACGACACAGGCAGCAACAAGCAGCGGCAAGCGACGCGCGUCUUCAAGAAGAGCUCGCCCAAUGGAAAGAUAACAGUAUAUUUAGGAAAGAGGGAUUUCGUGGACCACAUAACACAUGUAGACCCGAUUGACGGGGUAGUGCUGAUCGACCCUGAGUACGUGAAGGAGCGCAAGGUGUUCGGGCACGUGCUGGCCGCGUUCCGAUACGGGCGCGAGGACCUCGAUGUGCUGGGACUUACCUUCAGGAAGGACCUGUAUCUGGCCGCAGAGCAGAUUUACCCACCGACGAGCAGCGCGAAGCGGCCUCUCACCAGGCUGCAGGAGCGUCUAGUACGCAAGCUGGGCCCCGCGGCGCACCCGUUCUACUUCGAGCUGCCGCCGCACUGCCCCGCCUCAGUGACACUGCAGCCCGCGCCCGGCGACACCGGCAAGCCCUGCGGCGUCGACUACGAGCUCAAGGCGUUCGUGGCCGACUCGCAGGAUGACAAGCCUCACAAGAGAAACUCAGUUCGAUUGGCGAUCAGAAAGAUAAUGUACGCGCCGAGUAAACAGGGCGAGCAGCCGUCAGUCGAGGUGUCCAAAGAGUUCAUGAUGAGCCCCAACAAACUGUACCUGGAAGCGUCGCUAGACAAGGAAUUAUACCACCACGGCGAGAACAUAGCGGUAAACGUGCACAUAGCGAAUAACUCGAACCGGUCCGUGAAGCGCAUCAAGGUGUCCGUGCGCCAGUUCGCGGACAUAUGUCUGUUCUCCACCGCGCAGUACAAAUGCACCGUCGCCGAGGCGGAGAGCGAAGAGGGAUGCCCGGUUGGGCCCGGGUUCACACUGAGCAAGGUAUUCACUUUGACGCCGCUGCUGGCCAACAACAAGGACAAGUGGGGGCUCGCGCUGGACGGGCAGCUCAAGCACGAGGACACCAACCUCGCCUCUAGCACGCUGAUAGCGGACCCCUCGCAACGAGAGAAUCUAGGUAUCAUAGUUCAAUACAAAGUGAAAGUGAAACUUUGUCUAGGACCUUUAGGCGGGGACCUGAGCGCCGAGCUGCCGUUCAUACUGAUGCACCCGAAGCCCGAGGAGGAGCCGCGCCCCGCGCCCGCAGCCCCGCCCGGCCCCGACCACGACCUCAUACAGCUCGACCCGCGCCCGGACGAGAACGGACAAGAACAGGAUGAUGACAUCAUAUUCGAGGACUUCGCGCGGCUGCGGCUAAAGGGCGCUGAAUCUGACGCCUGAAUCACUCCCCGAAACCACGCUGACUCUUAUGACGUCAUACAAACAAACAAAUAUACAGAUAGACUAAGAUUAAUGUUGACACACUCGCGACUUCGCUCCGAGCGCAAACCACGACAAUUAAUAAAUAAAGAAAACAAAAACUGUUUUUUGUAUUCACAAAACUUUAUAAUAUAGUGUGAUACAAACUUCAUGGUGGCUAUGUAGUAAGCACAAGUCGCGCCGCUGUAAACGAAUUGUAGGACGAACUUGGCGCGCGCGGGAUGUCACUGAACUGAAACUGCGCAUAGUUGAGCUUGUUGCUAACUUCACAGUUGUCAUGAAUUUUUAAUAGCACUGUACCGCGGUUCAGUUUAAAGCACAGUUAAUGUAUUUAUAUGACUUUAAAGACUUCCCUUUGUUAUUUGCACAGUGGAAAUGUUUAUAUUAACACUGCAGCUAAGAGAUUUGUGCUUGUCAAACCAUGUACACAACCAAUGCAAUGUUUCUGAGUACUGUCGAGCUUAAAAGUAGUGCUAUUCCUGUCUCCGUCUGAAGUAUGUCCAAGGCUUUAUAUUAUAUGUUUAAGUAUUACUAUGUUUUCUACGAAUUCUAUAUUUCGUAUAUUCUGUGAAUAAUGAAAUAAUCGUGUAAAUGUAUUUUUUUUUCAAUCUACUAAGUAAUUUAAUUAGAU